AUGGCACCGCUGCUGAGUCCAUCAGUGGAAGGAGAGGAACUAUAUUUGUACCUAGCAGUAACCCCGCACGCCGUGAGCUCGGCAUUGAUAAGAGAGGAGGAUAAAGUGCAAAGACCUGUGUACUAUACAAGCAAGGCAUUGAAAGGAGCGGAAGGACGGUAUCCGCAAAUGGAGAAGUUGGCCUUCGCACUAAUCACAGCAUCACGGAAGCUGAGGCAUUAUUUCCAAGCACAUGUCAUUAAUGUUAUGACAGAUCAUCCUCUUAAAAAGGCAAUGAAUAGGCCGGAAGCUGCAGGACGAUUAAUCCAGUGGGCUGUGGAGCUAAGUGAGUUCGAUAUCAGGUAUCUACCAAGGCAUGCCAUUAAAGCUCAAGCCCUAGCAGAUUUUAUUGCGGAGUUUACCCCAAGUCAUAACGAAACAGAGGACAGUAAGAGAUGGAUCGUUCAUGUGGAUGGUUCGUCCACACGGCAUGCAGGAGGAAUUGGUGUGGUCCUGCAGUCCCCAGAGGGAGAUAAACUGAAACAUAAAGUCCGUCUACAGUACCAAGCGACAAACAAUGAAGUCGAAUAUGAAGCCCUUCUCAAAGGGCUAGAAUUGGCAAAGUCCGUGGAAGCAAAGUCCAUAUGUGUCAUGGGGGAUUCCCAACUGAUCAUGGGGCAAGUGAAUGGGACGUAUGAGGCGAAGGAAGAACGAAUGAAGAAGUAUCUUGGUAGGGUGAUGCGCCUUGUGAAAAGGUUUGAAAAAGCUGACUUCGUUCAAAUCCCAAGGGAGGAGAACGUGGAAGCUGAUACUAUAGCUAAGGAGGCCUCAGCAGACGAAUCAUUAGAGAAGUCAGACGAAGUUCAAUAUGUGCCAAGUAUAGAUGCCCAGGAAGUACAGCAGGUUGAUAACAAAGAAAAUUGGAUGACUCCCAUUAUAUCCUAUUUGAAAGACGGACAACUACCAGAAGAAAAGGACGAGGCCAGAAAGGUGAGGGUGAGGUCAGCUAGAUACGUCCUUAUGAAUGGAGUUCUAUACAAGAGAGUGCCAGCGAUUCAGCAACGUCCCCAGGCAACCAUCGGAAUACCUCACCCCAAUGGUGGCACCGUGGCCCUUCGCACAAUGGGGACUGGACAUUUUGGGUCCCUUCCCUUUGGGAGUAAGGCAGAUGAAGUUUCUAGUGGUGGGCAUCGAUUACUUCACCAAAUGGGUGGAGGCAGAACCGUUGGCAAAUAUCACGCAACAGAAUGUGAAAAACUUCGUGUGGAAGAACAUCGUAUGCAGAUUUGGAGUGCCGAAGGUAUUGGUGUCUGA